UGACAAGUAUUUGCCCUUAAAUGUACACAAAAGGUUUAUGGAUACGGUAGUAUAAAGACCAUGCUUACAUUCUCAGAUUCUCUCAUAUGUGUCGAAUACUUGGAAGUAUUUUAAAUCUAGCAGGCUUUUACCCGCUUUAUUGUUAGACUUCUCAAAUUGUGCCACGGUUCGUUGUUGUCAAAAUGGUUGAGUCUGUGGGCUGCCACCGACCCAUCUGCGUAAUAAUAUACACGACUGUGGUAGCGUUGAGCCUCUUACCGUCCGGUUACUGGGCAGCACCCUUUCCGGUCGACACGGGACGGAAAGUAUGUGACGGGCUACCGACCGAUUUGCACGGGGGAAAAGUGUCUCUGGCCGGGGAAGCAACUAAGACUGGGGACCAGCUGAUGCAUACCCAAAGCAUUAGCCUGGGUAGAUAUACACCGGGACAACAUGUUAUUGUUUCUGUUCUGGAGAGCUUAACAGAGAACGAUGGCGAGUUACAAAGCAAACCUUGUACGUAUGCGCUCCAGGCUCUCGACGAUGAUACAGGCGAUCCGAUUGGCCGAUUCAAAACGGUGACAAUGGAUACGAGGCUUCAUCACUGUGGCGCAUUGACGUUAUUGCAGGACGUGAGAAAACACGCGAGAAAUGGCGCAGUUUUCGGCUGGUUACCACCACAUGACGUCACCGUGAAGGAUGUUACUGUUUACGUCAGGAAAUUAACCAGUGGAUGAUGAAUCAUUUGGACUUCAAAUCAAGAGGAUCGAACUUCUACUUUGCCGAGGAGUGUUGUUUUAGAGGAACCAACUUUGUAUCAAUCAUCUUUGUGGUACCUUUAUCGCAAUCAUCAAUGUAGAGUACUAACUUUACAUCAAUCAUCAAGGUGAUACCUUUAUCUCAAUCAUCAAUGUAGAGUACUAACUUUAUCUCAAUAAUGAUGGUGAUACCUUUAUCUCAAUCAUCAAUGUAGAGUACUAACUUUACAUCAAUCAUCAAGUUGUUACCUUUAUCUCAAUCAUCAAUGUAGAGUACUAACUUUACAUCAAUCAUCAAGGUGAUACCUUUAUCUCAAUCAUCAAUGUAGAGUACUAACUUUAUCUCAAUAAUGAUGGUGAUACCUUUAUCUCAAUCAUCAAUGUAGAGUACUAACUUUAUAUCAAUCAUCAAGGUGAUACCUUUACCUCAAUCAUCAAUGUAGAGUACUCACAUUAUAUCAAUCAUCAAUGUGGUAGCUUUUUUUCAAUCAUCAAUGUAGAGUACUAACUUUAUCUCAAUAAUGAUGGUGAUACCUUUAUCUCAAUCUUCAAUGUAGAGUACUAACUUUAUAUUUAUCAUCAAGGUGAUACCUUUAUCUCAAUCAUCAAUGUAGAGUACUAACUUUAUAUCUAUCAUGAAGGUGGUACCUUUAUCUCAAUCAUCAAUGUAGAGUACUAACUUUAUAUCAAUCAUCAAUGUAGAGUACUAACUUUAUAUCAAUCAUCAAGUUGUUACCUUUAUCUCAAGCAUCAAUGUAGAGUACUCACAUUAUAUCAAUCAUAAAUGUGGUACCUUUAUUUCAAUCAUCAAUGUAGAGUACUAACUUUAUCUCAAUCAUCAAGGUGAUACCUUUAUCUCAAUCAUCAAUGUGAUACCUUUAUCUCAAUCAUUAAUGUGGUACCUUUAUCUCAAUCAUCAAUGUAGAGUACUAACUUUACAUCAAUCAUCAAGGUGAUACCUUUACCUCAAUCAUCAAUGUAGGGUACUAACUUGAUUUAAAUCAUCAACGUGAACCUUUAUUUCAA